AUGCGUGAACCAAAUUUUAGCUCUCCAGCACAAAAUAGAGCAGCUGUUGUUAUCACAUCAACCUUAUAUGAUCGUCGAGCUCUUGAUUGUACAGCAACUCUGCCUCUGGUGAAUUCACUUACUCAUCUUGCCUACAUGACCUCAACAUCACCACGUAUUCGUGAAAUCCUGGCUGCAGAUGGUGGGCUAGAGAGAUUGGUUAAGAUCCUGGCUACUUGCCAACACACAGACAAACAUUCCUUGUGGAAAUGGUCAUUGGCUUUUCAAUGUGUAGUCAACGUGGGUGUACGUGGUACUGAAGCCAUCAGGUCCCGUGUAGUAGAAGCAGGUGCUGUACAUGUUGUUUUGGCUAUCCUUGAAAAUUUCAUGAAUGCACUGGAUCAAGCAAAGAUUGAAAAAGACCAAGAAAGAAAACAACAACAACAACAACAACAACAACAACAACAACAGCAGCAGCAGCAGCAACAACAACAACAAACAAAUCAUCAUUUUCACCAGCAACAUCAAACAGCUUUGUCUUUACCGACGAUGCCGACAUCUUCUUCUUCUACCAAUCUGGUUGAAAAGGAAUUUCCUAUGAACUAUCAUGUUGAUAAUAAUAGAAUUCCCAACAACACCAGUUUGAACAUGCUGUUCGUUAUCCCAAAAAGAAACACCUUCAUGACUCGCACUGGAAAACCAAAACCAAGGCCCUAUACCGCAUCCCUAUCAAGCAUCCCUCUCUUAAACAAUCUCUCAACAGAUGCAAUACUGCAUCGUGAAGAAGACAUUCUACUUUCUCUGCAGUUGCUCGCUUAUCUAUCCAAAUACCCUUUAAUUCGACAAGCCUUCCACUCUAAUCAUCGCCUCAAUGUAUUUUCUGUCGUUGAAAAAUUCACCCAUCGCCUCCAUCCCGCUGCCAUCAUCUAUUGGGCUGGUGUCAUUAUGAGAAAUGCUUGUAGAAAAGACGAAGCCAGAGGAGGUGUUCGACAAUGUGCAAACAUGCAGUGUGGUAAAUGGGAGCGAUUCCCACGCGAGUUUGCCAAAUGCCGUCGCUGUCGAAAAGCCAAAUAUUGCUCGAAAUCAUGUCAGUCAAAAGCAUGGGCUGAUGGCCAUCGCUGGUGGUGCGUUGAAAGACCUCACAACAGCCACCCGCCACCCAAUCCAACAGCAACAUCCUCAAUAACACAAGCCGCUGCAGCUGCAGUCGUUGCUGCUGCUCCGCCUCCACCUCCACCUGCUGAACAAGUCGUUCAUUUGGAAGACAAUGUUACCUCAGAUGUCCUGGCCAUACCCAUUGGUGAACACAACAAUGGACAAGAAACUAAUACCACUCAAACAACUCAACUUAGACGUUCCUCGCUUCCAGUUACUACCAAUGAAAAUCAUCAUACCACACCUACUAUAGCUAGUCGUGCUCCACGUGAUGGAGACCUCUUGUUCAAUUACCAUCAUGCCCAGCGAAGGAAUUCUCGUUCAGUUCGCAGCCUUGCUUCAGGCAGUUCUACUGAAGUAGAAACAGAAAACAAUUCAGACAACAACCGCGAGCGUCCUCGAGAUUUAAUGGAUGUCGACUAA